ACUAAAAAGAUCCUAGUUUCUUCUACCAUGUGAAAAAAAUGGACAAAGAACAUCUGUAAAGUCGGGCUGGAAAGUCUAAAAAAUAGCUGCUUCAAAACUAGAACAACCAAAGAAGCCGCUUUCCAUACCUCAGAAUCUCCGAAUUUCUCCACCACGCACCCCAUUUGCUGUCAAUUCCUCAAAUGGGUUCAGAAUUUUCCCAAAAUCAUAUGGGUUCUUCUUAAUAGCGUCAAGCAUGGAUAUAGCUUAAGUUUAUUGCUGUUUCUUUUCUCGUGGAAAGAAGUAUGGAAUUUAAGAUGAAAAUUGGUUCUUCAUUUUCCUGUAUAUCCACCUCGCUUUGUUCACCUUUUCGAAUUAAAGCGGCUACAAAGUUGAUCUCAAGGCUACAAUUGUUUGAGAGACAGCUAUGCGAUACAGAUCAGUUGAGACACUCUAAAGUUCUUAAAUCAUGCCAGCUCAUAGAUGGAAAGCUAACAGUGAUAGAAAGGUUAUCAAAGAGGCGAUGUAUUCUCUUUGCUACAACUGAUGAUCAGCUAUCAUACAGUGAGCUUGAAACUGAUGAUUUUGAGCAGGAAAUUCAAGCCCCUCUUGCUGAAGAUGCCUCCCCCACAAAAUACCUCCAUAUUGAAGGAUCUGAAGGAAAACCAGGCUUUAUAUCAUUUUACAAUCGUCCUCGCCGGAAAGAACAUGAAAUCUUGGUGUCUACCGCUGGGAAAAAUCAAAAUAGUCUAUUGUGGUUCGUCGGUCCCACUAUCCUCGUAGCCUCUUUCAUUGUUCCUUCACUUUAUUUGCGCAAGAUACUCUCCACUAUAUUUGAGGACUCUCUAUUAACCGACUUUCUAAUAUUAUUCUUCACGGAGGCAAUCUUUUACUGUGGAGUUGCUGUGCUUCUUCUCCUAAUAGACCAUUUCCAUUUGAGGAGACCUAUUGCGCCCCUAUCCACAGACAUAAGCCAUACACCGCAUUUGGGACACAGAAUCUCUUCCGUUGCUGUCUUGGUUCUUAGUCUUAUAAUUCCAAUGGUGACUAUGGGUUUUGUUUGGCCGUGGACUGGCCCUGCAGCUUCUGCUACUCUUGCUCCCUACCUUGUUGGUCUUGUUGUCCAGUUUGCAUUCGAGCAGUAUGCAAGACAUAUUAUGUCUCCUUCAUGGCAUGUCAUUCCCAUUAUAUUUCAGGUUUAUAGAUUACACCAGCUGAAUAGGGCAGCACAACUGGUGACGGCUCUCUCUUUCACAGUGAGAGGAGCCGAGAUGACGUCACAGAACUUGGCAAUAAACGGCUCAUUAAGUACACUACUGAAUGUCCUCCAGUUUCUUGGCGUCAUCUCUAUCUGGUCGCUUGCUAGUUUUAUCAUGCGAUAUUUUCCAUCUGCCACCUCAACUGAACCGUAAGUAGUGGAAAUAAAAACUGAAGAUAGACUCGACAUGGUGAAAUUGAAUAAGUUAGAAAUCUUGAAGGUUGGAUUAGCCAGACGUCUUUGUGUGAAGUUCUUCAUCAUUUACUUGGUUUGCUAUCGUAGGAAUCUGAAAUAGAUGAAUAUGAACGAA